AUGGCAUAUCCACAAACUCCUAAAAGGACAGGGAUACCACGAGAAGUACUGAAGUGGAUACAAAGCCUUGACUUGUCAUUUUCACCAAAGAAUAUGCGCAGAGAUUUUUCUAAUGGCUAUCUGGUGGCAGAAAUAUUUUCCUGGUAUUAUCCUGAGAACCUUACUAUGCACUCGUAUGACAAUGGCACCUCUAUUGCUACUAAACUGGGUAACUGGGCUCAAAUAGAGAGGUUUCUACAGAAGGAAAACAUACAGCUGCUGAAGGAAGCUAUUGAUGGCAGCAUCCACUGUAAACCGGGAGCUGCUGAGCUGCUGGUGCAGGAGAUGUUUACAGCAUUGACAAACAGGAGGAUCAGAAGCUUCCAGAAGGACGAGCUUGACUUCUCUGACCGAGGGUACCAGGAGCAGCUGCCCAUGGUGGCUCGCUCCACGGCCUCCAAAGCCAUCAAGUCUAACCUGCGACUGAGUGAGCUCAUCGCAGAGCCCAGCAUCACCACCAACCAGAGGAAGGUGCAGGCCAUCAUCCACAUGCACCUGGAGCAGAGGGCAGCGGAGAGGGAACAGAAUCCCAAGCGUUUCAACAGGAAGCCCACCGUAGGAACGCUGGUGGCUCGACUGCCGCCAUCACGUCGCCAUGGAAACACGGACCUGGACACCAGCGGAUCCUUUAGCAGUGGGACAAAGUCUUGUCCCUCAUCUGUCAGAAGCAAGCCCCAUGUUUAUUUCAAGGAGAUUGAAGUGCACCAACCAAACAGGCGCUCCUUGUCCAAUUAAAAAAACACUGUGAGAUUUUACUCCAUAAAUAUCUGGAUAUGUUACUGUAUGUUGACAUUGAAGUCCUCUAAAGAUUUUAUAGAUAUGGUGAAAUAAUAGACAGUAGUAAUUCCACAAAGCCUUCAUGUAUUAUCAACAUAAGUAGUUUAUUUUUGUGUUUUCUGAUUUUCAGGCUUUCCUAACAUUGUAGGGACAAAUUUAACUGAGGAUACAAGAUCAAAUAUAACAUAAUAUAGAAUAAGAUCAUCUAGAAUAUAAUAUAUUUGAUAUAAAUCAGGUUAAGCUAUAGCAGUAUGGUGUGUGUCACCAGUCACAUACCACAGUUGGAAACAAAAUUAUUUUCUCCCCAUGACCUGUACACCGUUCCACCAGUAGGUGGCAGUGCUAUGUCUGGUUUAAAUGUUGCAAUCAAAAUCGAAGGCAGCAUCAGCAAUAGAUUUGAUAACUGUACAUAACUGAAUGGCUCUGUUUUUUACAUAAAGGAUGUAAAGGGAUAUCGGUGUGUCUGCAUGUAGAAACAGUGCAGACAUAUUCUCACACUCCACUACAGGAGUGCAGAUAUAUAUUCUAACAUCACUACAGGAGUGCAGAUAUACGUAUAUUCUAACACUCCACUACAGGAAUGGAAUGUUGUAGCGAACGUCAGUGUGAAACGCAGUGAUUCUUUUUCUAGUUCAACCCACACUACUUUCACUUACAUGUCAAUGUUGUGUCUGAUACUGUUGAUUACAGCUGGAAGAUUGACAUCUGUGCUUUGUUUGAAAAGGUGUCAAUGGACUUUUCUUAAAUGCUUCCACUAGGAACAAUAAAUGCUUUGUAGACAUGACUUUUAUUGAGAUUUUCCAGGUUUCCAGUGUACCUGCUAUAGCAUGCAGGCUAUACACGUGAACAGAGACAUUCUUGACUGUUGACAUCGUAGUCCACUGGCAGUAUGUCUCUCAGACAGUGCCAGGGAUAAGGAUAACCAGGCUCAGAUUAUCAGGCGAAAACCCUCUUGUCACAAAUGUUUACCUGAUCUUUUAACUGCCACAGCUGUCGUGACAAAACCAUUUUAGAUAUGCCCAUUUCUUAGACAGCCGUUUCCAAGCCAAAUGGUUUAUCGUGGUGGUAUGUUUUAGAGGCAUGGGCCAUGGGCUGAUUUCAACUUUAAUUAGUGGUAAUGACAUCUGUUAUGUCAAUGUUGUGACAGUGUUUAUGUAGGCCUAGCAGGGUCAUUAGUACUUGCCACAGUGCGCAAUUAACUGUCACAUAAACACAUUCUGUGCAUAGCUUUCAUAUUUAAUUCUGUAGGUUAAACUUUUUUCUUUUUGAACAAAUAUCCAAUAAUAUGACAGUCUGUAUUUAAAUCCAUAUAUGGUAAAAGUUCUAACAUCUUAUAAUGUUAAAAACAAUCUACUAAACCUCUCCUAUAACCCUACCUCCCUCUCAACACAGCUGUAGCACCACACCACAAUUCUAUUAAAAUGACACGUUUCACCUAUAACUCGUUUAUAGGUCCAUAUACAAAUAAAGCUGAUUGAUUUUUUCCAGCUGGGCUGAAGGUUUUUAGACUGAAGUUUCUCUUUCUGUGUUCCUGGGAUAGGAGUAGUCCGAUUACCGCUAACUGAAAGCAUGCCCACUUGGACUGGAGGAGCUCUGCAGCUCAUCCUGUAAAUCUCUCACCACCCUGUGGUUCUCAAUUUACAAUUGAGCUGUAAACGUACUGUAAAAAGAUGACAAGAUGAUAAGUGUUUUUGGCUGCUGGCCCAGUAGCCCAUGUGGUCUAAGAGGUUUAGCCUGGAACAAUGAUCUGUUGAUAUGAUCUAUACCAGACUCUCAUGACACUGAUAAUUAUCAUUUUAUCGGGAACACUUAGUUUGAAGUAGCCCCUUGUGAAGUUCAAUGGUGCUGUAUAUCCCAAAUCUUCUGUCAGUCAAAGCAAAGGACAUUAUGGACUUUUUAAAAUGUAUUUUUAUAGUCACCUACUUUAGGCCUAGGCCUACUCUAGAUAUAAGUACAGUCUGCAGAAGGCUACUAGGCCAUCUAUUUUAAAGUAAAACGUCUUAAAAAAUGUAUCUUAUUGGCUAAAUCUUCAUGCCUUUAAAAAAACAACAGAUCCACAAAUUACCGUAAGCAUUUGUGAAGUAUUUUAUUAUUUAAGUGCUUUGCAUUUUAAUAGAUAUGCAACGUGAGUCAUGUAUAGCCCAUCUUACCCCCCAUCCCAGUGUUUUUGAUAAGUGUCUUUCACUUUCAAACUAGAGCUAAAAUAAAUCUCCGUUAGACCAAGUCUUGUUGCCAUGGUUGUCAAAGGGAACUGCAGUCAUAAGCAGUUUAGCUUCUGUCGCUAGUGGGCUGUAAAUGUUGACCUCCUGAAUCUUCCAGUGUUGUCUGGCUCGUUAGACGCCAACACACUGUAGCUCCCAAACACCUCUCUUUACGGUUGCCUAGUUAUCACUGUUGGAAUUUUAUUUUAUUUUGGGGGGUUGAGUUUAACAUUAGCCAAUAGCUUAUGCUACUGUAUGUAAAUGCACAAUUGUUCAAGAAACCAUGUAGUAGGCCUAUAUUAGGCAACAUAAGCAGAGCAUUUUUCUUAAACAAUUCAAUAUUGUUCAAAAUGAAUUCCCUGAACAGUAAAUAGCCAAAC